AGAAUGUUUGGCAAACCGUUGUGCUCAAAGCGGCUGCUGGUCUCCAGCAAGGUCUUGAUGCACACCAUCCCAACCCAUGACUGCGACAUAGUGCUCAUGCUCCCCGCCAGUACAGAUAGUACACUCAUGUGGCUGCUGGCACGCCUACGUUCUCGAACACCUCAGCUUUUGGUUCAUGUUCGUCAUCACAGCAACUCAGGUAUCUACGGUCUGUACAUGACUGCCAAAUAUGAGAGCUUACUUUGUGGUGCUGAGGCUGGUAUCAGCAAGCCAGUGUGCAGCGAAUAUGGGGGUGGCAUGAAGGAGUUUGUGUUUGAAGACCAGGACUGCUUUGAAGGUGUACUGGAAGAAAAACAUUUUUUGAACAGCCAGGAGAGACAGAGCAUUGUCUACCAUAUGCUAAACAAUUUGAGAGCUACUGAAGGGGAGGAAGUGGAAGGAAUCAAAUUUCUGCAAGGAGAGCCCAUAAUCCCUAAGCUGGUGUCAAGACAGGUGGUGUCAGGUGUGUUUCCACUGCAUUGCAGACCAGACUUGAUUGAUCUGCGCAUAUCAUGGGUGCAUGCUUUUGGGCAGAAGCAGCCAUUGGAUGACAUCUGCCAUUACUUUGGUGUCAAGAUAGGCCUGUAUUUUGCAUUCCUGGGUCACUACACCCUUUGGCUUCUUCUGCCCUCUGUGAUGGGCAUCUGUAUGUGGAUGCUUCGGUUUCUUGACCAGUGGUGGGAAGAUGUAAGCUGGGUGCUGUAUAGCAUCUUUAACAUUUUCUGGGCCACAGUGUAUUUGGUGCAUUGGAGGCGAACAAGUGCAGCCCUAGCUUACAAGUGGGGGACAUUCGACAAGAAAGAUGACUUGCUCAAAGACCCCCGCCCUCUCUAUCAAGGUGAUCUACAAAAGAGCCCUGUCACUGGGAACAUGGAACCAGUCUACCCAGACUGGAAGCGAAACGUUUUUCGCUAUUUCGUCAGCAUGCCCAUCAUCAUCUUCUUCCAACUUUUUGUCUUGGCCAUCAUGCUUCUGACCUUUAAACUGGAUGAGUGGUUGAAUGCUUUGGCUACUCAAGGCGAUAUCCCCAGUUUUUUAGGAUUUAUGCCAAAAGUGCUGCUGUGCCUGUUUCUGACUGUAUUAGAUGAUGUUUACAGAAAAGUGGCAGUGUGGCUUAAUAACAAAGAAAACUACAGACUGCAGGAAACUCAUGACAACAAUCUUAUCCUGAAACUUUUGCUGGUCCAGUUUGUCAGCUCAUUUCUUCCACUGUUUUAUAUUGCCUUCUAUCUCAGGGAUAUGAAUCGACUUAGAGAUCAACUAGCAGCCCUUCUUAUCACUCGACAGAUUAUAGGCAACUUCAGUGAGGCUUUGGUUCCUUAUGUCAUGUGGAAAAGUCGACUGUAUAAGCUUGGCUAUAAUAUGACAGCUCGGAUGUCAUCCGCUACUCUUGACAGAGAGGUGGAAAAAGUAGCACAGGAGUACCGCCGCAGGUUGGUGCGGCCACGGGAACGGAACACUGCUGAAGAAAAGAGCAAGGAUAACUCUGAACAUCAAAAGCCUGCCAUGGACAGGUACAGGGCACAUAGAAAGGACAGCAAGAAGACCACUGAGAAUGUGGGAGAGGAGGAAGAAGGGAAAGAAACAGAGGAAGUAGAAGGUCAUCUCACACAGGCUGAAGCUGAGAGUACCAUGCCAGUGUAUGAUGACACUUAUACAGACUACUUGGAGAUGGCCAUACAAUUUGGACAUGUUAUCAUCUUCUCAACUGCUUUUCCCCUAGCAGCCCUCUGCUCACUGCUCAACAACAUAGUAGAAAUCCGCAGCGAUGCCUUCAAACUUUGCUACACUCAUCAACGGCCUUUCGGAGUUAGGGUUGAGAACAUUGGAAUUUGGCAGGAUGUUCUAGAGGCCAUGGUGCUUGUCGCGGUGAUGGUUAAUGCUGCACUUAUCGGCAUGUCAGGGGUAAUGGAUCGUCUGGUGCCAGGUUUGUCUGAUGUCAGCAUGGUUCUUCUUCUUGUCUCUGUUGAGCAUAUAAUUUUGUUCAUCAAGUUUGCUUUGUCCUUUGCCAUUCCACAUGUGCCACAGUGGGUAGCUACAGAAAUGGCAAAAGUGGAGUUCCAAAGAAGGCAGAGUCAAAAGCAGAUGGAGUCUGCAGGAACUAGUAACAACACAUCUGAUGUUCGAGAACGACUUCCGCGCACUAGAUCCAAAGAGUCUGAGAGUUCUGAUUAUGCAUCACCAAAGUCACCAGAUUCCAUCACUCCGCCACCACGUAGAUCCCCUUCAGCAUCAGCAUCAUCAUCAUCACUGACAUCAUCAUCACCUGCCUCUUCUCCAUCUUUCUCUCAAGCUAGAAACCAGUCACUUGUGAGUCAUCGUCCGCAGAAUUUUGCUAACAGUCAACCAGAAGACAGACUCAGAACCAGAACUCAUUUAAGUGGGGUUUCUGGGCCACAAAACCCUUGGAAGGAGGAAUGUGAAAUGAACUCCGGACCUGUUUCUCCAGCAUGCCCUUACAAGGACUUUCCUCACUCGUCCAAAGCACCUGGCUGUACAGAUGCUGACAGGGCUCCUGAAAAAGGCGUUGCUGUGUAUAAGAAUUUUUGGGAGCCUGAUCGACAGAUUUAUCGUCGAACAAAUUCUGGAACAAGUCGAACAAAUUCUGGAAUGUGCAGGAUUAUUGUGAGACAAGAUAGUGCCGAGCGAAAUGUCGCACACUCACAUUCAGCUACAUCACCAGCAACCUCAUCUUUCUCUUCCAGAGAACAGGUGCUUACAUCUAAAAGAAGUGUUUCAUCUCUCAGCGAUACAGCACCACCAUCUCCUCAAGGCUCAGUGCCCUCACCACCUGUGGACACGAUGGCAUCAUUAAUUAAAGACAUUGUGUCCUCUCAUUUGCAGACAGCCAGUUUUCAUUCAAAAGGCAGCAUGCAAGAUAAGGAUAACAAAUCUGUCAGCACAAAGCUGUUGCUAAUGUCCUCCUCACCAGGCGAGUCAAGUGUCGACGAUAACCGCAAACACAGUAAAUCUAGUUCUCAUGUAUAGCCAAGAGUAGUGGGGAUCUUGGGAAUCGGGGUGAAAAUUUAUUUUUUAUUUAAACCUGCAUUUAUUGAAAUUUCACAUUCUCCAGCACAUUCUCCACAAGCUUCAAUCCAACCUCCCCACCAAAAAAAAAAA